GUCGACGCCAACGCCUCCCUCUCCUACCUCGUCCUCAAGAAGGCCUCGGAGCUGGGCAUGACCUCAGCCUUCUACAAAUACAUCUUGACCACCCUGGAUUUCCCCAGCCUGCGGCUGGACGACGUGCUGGACGGUCACUCCAGGGUCCUGGGCUUCUCCGUCCUCAACACCAGCCACCGCUUCUACCCGGAGUUCGUCCGCAGCCUCAACAUGUCCUGGCGGGAGACCUGCGGGAGCAGCCCCUUCCCCGGCCCCACGCUCUCGGCGGCGCUGCUCUUCGACGCGGUGCACGUGGUGGUGGGGGCCGUGCGGGAGCUGAACCGGAGCCAGGAGAUCGGGGUCCGGCCGCUGGCCUGCGCCUCCGCCAGCAUCUGGCAGCACGGCACCAGCCUCAUGAAUUACCUGCGCAUGGUCGAGUACGAGGGGCUGACGGGUCACGUGGAGUUCAACAGCAAGGGGCAGCGAAUCAACUACACCCUGCGCGUCCUGGAGAAGGCGCGGGACGGGCACCGCGAGAUCGGUGUGUGGUACUCGAACAGGACGCUGGCCAUGAACGCCACGACGCUGGCCAUGGGCGUCUCCGAGAGCCUGGCGAACAAGACCCUCAUUGUCACCACCAUCCUGGAGAACCCCUACGUGAUGCGCAGGGCCGGAGCCCAGGCCCCGGGGGGGGCCGGGGAGCAGUACGAGGGGUUCUGCGUCGACAUGCUGCACGAACUCGCCGGGAUCCUCAAGUUCCGCUUCGAGCUGCGGCUGGUGGAGGACGGGCUGUACGGGGCGCCCGAGGCCAACGGCUCCUGGACCGGCAUGGUGGGCGAGCUUAUCAACCGGAAGGCCGACCUGGCGGUAGCUGCCUUCACCAUCACGGCGGAGCGGGAGAAAGUGAUCGACUUCUCCAAACCCUUCAUGACGCUGGGGAUCAGCAUCCUCUACCGGGUGCACAUGGGCCGCAAGCCCGGUUACUUCUCCUUCCUGGACCCCUUCUCGCCGGCCGUGUGGCUCUUCAUGCUCCUGGCCUACGUGGCCGUCAGCUGCGUCCUCUUCCUGGCCGCCCGGCUGAGCCCCUACGAGUGGUACAACCCCCACCCCUGCCUGCGGGGCCCCCACGUCCUGGAGAACCAGUACAGCCUCGGCAACAGCCUCUGGUUCCCCAUCGGGGGCUUCAUGCAGCAGGGCUCCGAGGUGCUGCCCCGGGCCCUGUCCACGCGCUGCGUCAGCGGGGUCUGGUGGGCCUUCACGCUGAUCAUCAUCUCGUCCUACACGGCCAACCUGGCCGCCUUCCUGACGGUGCAGCGCAUGGAGGUGCCGGUCGAGUCCGCCGACGACCUGGCCGACCAGACCAACAUCGAGUACGGCACCAUCCACGCCGGCUCCACCAUGACCUUCUUCCAGAACUCCCGGUACCAGACCUACCAGCGGAUGUGGAAUUACAUGCACUCCAAGCAGCCCAGCGUCUUCGUGAAGAGCACGGAGGAGGGAAUCGCCCGGGUGCUGAACUCCAGAUACGCCUUCCUGCUGGAGUCCACCAUGAACGAGUAUCACCGGCGCCGGAAUUGCAACCUCACCCAGAUCGGGGGGCUGCUGGACACCAAAGGCUACGGCAUCGGCCUGCCGCUGGGCGGGUCUGCGGGCGCGGGCGCUGGGCGUUUACCCCAGCGGUAG